AUGGAACCCGAGAUGGAACCCGAAAUGGAGAUCGACUCGUCUGGUCAGCGUGGCAUAAAACGCCCUGGGGACGCCGAUGAUGUAUCCGGCCCACCAAAGCCGAAGCGGAUCAAGGCACUCGACCCCAAUGUCGUGAACAAAAUUGCCGCCGGCGAAAUCAUUGUCGCCCCGAUGCAUGCACUGAAAGAGCUUAUCGAAAACGCCGUUGACGCAGGGUCCACGUCGAUUGAGGUUCUUGUCAAAGAUGGAGGCUUGAAGCUGCUACAGAUUACAGAUAAUGGGCAUGGUAUCGACCGUGAGGAUCUUCCGAUUCUCUGCGAACGAUUCACGACCUCCAAGCUCAAGGAGUUUGAAGAUCUAUCAUCUAUCGGCACAUACGGAUUCCGCGGCGAAGCAUUGGCAAGUAUCAGCCACAUUGCCCAUUUGAUGGUGACUACGAAAACUGCCGGCUCCAGCUGUGCGUGGCGGGCGCAUUACGGAGAAGGAAAAUUGGUUCCUGCUAAGCCCGGGCAGCCUGCAGCUCCAAAAGCUACAGCGGGACGUGGAGGAACCCAGAUCACAGUGGAAGACUUGUUCUACAACGUACCCAGUCGUCGCCGUGCAUUCCGCUCUCCGAGCGACGAAUAUGCCAAAAUCCUCGAUGUCGUUGGCAGAUACGCGGUGCACUGCUCCGGGGUUGCUUUUUCAUGUCGAAAACACGGUGACUCCGGAGUUAGCAUAUCAACUCCAUCUGCUGCAAAUACAGUUGACCGGAUCCGCCAAAUCCAUGGUAGCGCAGUCGCAAAUGAAGUGGUUGAAUUUGAGUCUUCAGACCCGAAGCUCGGUUUUCGUGCAUCGGGCCUAGCUACCAACGCCAAUUAUCAUGUCAAAAAGACAACUAUCCUGCUCUUCAUCAACCACCGUGCCGUGGAAUCAACUACCGUUAAGCGUGCCAUCGAGCAAACCUACUCCGCGUUCCUACCCAAAGGUGGACAUCCUUUCGUCUACCUAGAUUUGGAAGUCGAACCUCAUCGUGUAGAUGUCAAUGUGCAUCCGACUAAACGAGAGGUGAAUUUUCUGAACGAAGAUGAGAUUAUCGAGAUGAUCUGCACCGAGGUACGAUCCAAGCUAGCUCAGGUCGACUCUAGUCGCACAUUCCUGACUCAAAGUCUUUUGCCCGGUGUGCAAACAAUCGAGUCCCUUGAGCGCGACCAAGCGGGCGAAGGUGCAGCAGAAGGAAAAGUUGCUGCUACACCCAAAACACCAUCCACAUAUAAAAGACCAAACGAAAGUAAUCUCAUCCGAACGGACUCCAAGGUCCGCAAAAUUACCUCUAUGCUCGCUCCAUCUCCAUCUCAACCUCACCCCGAUACAUCCACGCCAUCCGGCAACCCGCCCCCUUCUGUCUUUAAUGACGGUCUCCAAUAUGAAACUACGGACCGCCAGCCCCUCCGCAUCGCUCUGUCCUCUAUCAAAACUCUGCGCAGUGCUGUUCGGUCCAAUAUGCAUAACACACUAACGGAAAUGCUCGCCUCGCAUACAUAUGUCGGUCUUGUAGACGAGCGAAGGCGCCUAGCAGCCAUCCAAUCCGGCGUCAAACUCUACCUAAUUGACUACGGACUCGUCUGCAAUGAAUUCUUCUACCAAAUCGGCCUAACAGAUUUCGGGAAUUUUGGCACAAUCCGCCUCGAUCCACCGCCGAAGCUGAUUGACCUGCUAAGUAUCGCAGCAGAAGCAGAACAGCAAGAGUAUGGCCAGAGCAACGACAAUGGAGCGGAGAAGGUCUUCUCUCGGGCCGCUGAGAUGGUAUCACAGAGUCUGAUUGAACGUCGAGAGAUGCUAGACGAAUACUUCUCAAUGAAGAUCAGCGAGGAUGGACAUUUGCUCACCAUUCCGUUGCUGUUGAAGGGAUACGUUCCUUCUCUAGCGAAACUUCCGAGGUUCCUGCUCCGGCUGGGUCCCUAUGUGGAUUGGUCUGGAGAGGAAGAGUGCUUCCGCACUUUCUUGCAUGAGCUCGCGGCCUUUUAUACGCCCGAGCAACUUCCUGUUCCUCCCUCUCAAGCCUUGGCGGCUGGUGAGGGCUCUGAUGAACUUAAUGCAGAGGCCGAAGACCCGAUCAUCGUUGCUCGUCGAGCGCAGAUGCUUCAUAUGCUGGAAUAUACGAUCUUCCCAGCUCUUCGGGCUCGGCUAGUUGCCACAUCCCGUAUGUUAAGGGGUGUUGUGGAGGUUGCAGAUUUGAAGGGUCUCUAUAGGGUAUUUGAGCGGUGCUGA